AUCAGUACCUAACUAGUUCAUUCUUUGUGAAGAAUACAUUUUAUUUUUAAAAAUUUCAUCUCGUAAAAGUGUGUACGCAUCUACAAUACAUUCAAAAUGACUACAAAGCUGAUUGUAUUUGCUGCUCUGAUUGGACAUAUGGCCUUUGCUUACCCGCCUGAGUACAAAAGCUACGACGAUGGUCACCACGAUCACUAUGCUCACGCACCUGCACCGUAUCAUUUCGAGUACGGCGUAAAAGACCUCCACACACACGACAUCAAAAGCCAAAGCGAAGUGAGCGACGGUCAUGGUAAUGUCAAAGGAUCGUACAGUUUAGUAGAAGCCGAUGGUUCAACACGCGUUGUCGAGUACACCGCCGACAACGAGCACGGUUCAACGCUGUAGUCAAGAAAAUCGACGCACCCCACCAUCACAGUGAGCACUCUGACAUUGAUUACCAUCAUCACGAAUCACUUCAUCCAUACAAAUCAUCAUCUUACUACAAAUUCUACUGAAAUUCAAUAUUAUUAACUAAUACCUACACACAAAUUUGUUAUGACACCGUCGUCGGUACCUACCUACCCAUUAUUCAUUUUGUACCUAUGUUGUGUAAAUUUUUUUACUGAAUAAAAGAUUAUAAAAGAUAUAUAAUAAA